AUGUGCGGCAUAUUUUGUUACAUUUGCGCCGGUGAAAAUCCUUCCGAGGGUGAAGCCAUCCUACAAUCAUGUAUUGGCUUGCUCAAAAAUCGUGGACCAAACCAAAGCGCUCAGGUUUGGGUCGGUACGCAGGCACUUUUCUAUGGUUCCGUCCUAUGGCACCAAGGGGCAACGUUGUGCAGGCAGCCUGUGGAGACCGACAAAACGGUUAUGGUAUUUAAUGGAGACAUUUUUCAACAACGAGACGAUGUAGAAAAAAGCGAUACCCUUUGGUUGUUGCGAAGAAUCGAAUUGUGCCAAAGUGACAACGAUCUUUGCCAACUUUUUGGCCGGCUUCGGGGUCCGUUUAGUGUGAUAUUCUUUCGAAAAAAAGAAAAUAAGCUUUUCUUUGCCCGUGAUGCUGUGGGACGAAAUUCAUUAUUAGUUGGAAAGACCCCAGAUGCAAAUUGGUUUAUCACUAGUGUUGGUGGUAAUAUUUCUGGCUGCACAGUUCAUGAGCUUCCUCCAUGUGGUUUAUAUUACAUCGACCUAGCACACCUUAACGAGAAACAUCCGUUUGCCGUUUACCCCUGGAGAGAAGACUAUUCAGAGGCCGAACGAAUAUUUGGAGAAUUAACCAUUAGGCAUCAUAUCAUUCUUGAUCAGUUGCCUAGUUUACCCCAAUACGAAUUCCACAAAAUGUUCAAUAACACAUCGCCACUUGUUGAAAACUUGUUUGAUUUUAUUUCUCAAUCCGAGGACAUUAACAAUGUGUGCGACCAAUUGCUAUCUGCGUUACGUAUGUCGAUUAAGGAGCGCGUGGUGAAUACCACCAAAUCAUGUAAAAUUUGUCUUCCGAUGUCAACGAAAUGCAGUCACGCUAAAGUGGGCAUACUUUUCUCAGGCGGUAUAGAUUGUACAAUUUUAGCCUUGCUAGCCGAUGAGUAUGUUCCUGACAAAAUUCCAAUUGAGUUAUUGAACGUUGCCUUUGAAAAAAUAAACCGCACGUCGUCGCAGCAGCCUGUCGAAUGGAACGUUCCCGAUAGAGUCACAGGAAAAGCUUCGGUAGAAGAACUACGGCUUCUACGUCCUAAUCGGAAGUGGAUUUUUGUAGAGAUCAAUGUUUUACGAAGUGAGUUGGGACUCCACCGUAACAGGAUUUCCGAUCUAGUAUAUCCCUUAUGCAACGUGUUGGACGAGUCAUUGGGUGCUGCUCUGUGGUUUGCUUCGAAAGGCGUUGGAAUGUGCAACGGAGAACCCUACACAAGUAGCAGCCGAAUCCUGCUGUUAGGGUCUGGAGCGGAUGAACUUUUCGGAGGGUACACCCGACACAAAGCCGCAUUUGAACGUUGUCUGCGAGACCCAGAAGUCGUUGCCGGGUCCACCGAAUCAUUCGAGAAUGCAUUCCACGCAUUGAAUGAGGAGCUUAAUUUAGACUGGAAUCGUCUGCCAAGCAGAAACCUGGCUCGCGAUGAUAGGGUUAUAAGCGAUCAUGGGGCAACCCCGAGAACACCGUACCUUCAAGAAGAUUUCAUUGCAAUUGUACGGUCAUUGAAGGCUUGUCAGAGGUGCUAUCACCCGCUUGGUCCCGGGAUUGGUGAUAAGCUGAUUCUACGCAUCUGUGCCUAUAAGCUCGGUCUACGAGAGGCCUGUAUUUUACGCAAACGUGCAUUACAAUUUGGCUCUAAGAUUGCUGAUAGGAAGCAGAAUGCGAUGGAUCGAUCAUCAUUUUUGGAUCAUUAAAGGUUUAA